UUCACCCAGAAUUUGGGCGAGACCCCUCGCCAGGCCUUGAACUGGAGGCUAGGAUAUGCUAUCUUGUGUUUUGGUCUGAUGGGUGCUAGUCGAGGUAACCCAUACAUUGAUGUUAUAGUGGUGUCUAGUUGGUUGUCAGCGAAAAAGCUGACUGUAUUUCCCCCCUUCCAGGUAUCGACGAGGGCCUCAUCUCAGGCACAGUCCAACAGAAAGCUUUCAUUUCAAAAUAUCGCCUUAAAGACCCUCUCCUAAGCGAGUCUGAAAAGGCUAAUCUUCUCGGAAAUAUCACUGCUAUGGUGCAGAUUGGAAGCAUAGGAGGUGCUUUGCUGUAUGUUCCCCCGAUUCCCCUAUAUUGACUAGCGGCACCCGUACCGGCGCUUAAGGCGUCAAAACAUUCUAGUGCCUUCCUUAUUACCGACAAGAUUGGCCGUCUAUGGGCAACUCGACAACUCUGCCUCAUCUGGAUAACCGGUAUCAUUAUUUUCAUCACCUCCAAUGGAAGAAUCGGCCAGGUGUACGCUGGCAGGUUCAUCGCCGGUCUUGGAAUUGGACAAACCGCUGUUGUUGCUCCUACAUAUCUGGCUGAAAUAUCUCCACGUGCUAUCCGUGGUCUUUGCAUCUGUACAUUUUCAGGUGCCGUGUAUCUUGGUAUCAUGCUGAGUUACUUCGCCAGCUGGGGGUCUGCUCUUCAUAUCAGUAGCCACUCACAAAACCAAUGGGUAUGUGUUCUCCUUUGCCCAGCCGUAUCGUAACCUCCAUUACUGAUUCAUUUGCGUAAUUAGAUCGUACCAACCAGUCUCCAUUUGAUGUUUGCUGGUAUAAUCCUUCUUUUGUCCAUUGGUGUCCACGAAUCCCCCAGAUUCCUGGCUAGCAAGGGUAAGAAGGAAGAAGCCGCUGCCACCAUGUCAAAGAUCCGUAACCUGCCAGAGGAUCACCCCUAUGUUCAGACCGAGAUGCUAGACAUUUUUGAACAGGUGGAGCGUGAGAAAGAGGCUACCUUGGGCCUCGGCUGGAUAGGACCGCUAAAGGAGCUCUUUAUGACCCCUUCGAACCGAUGCCGCAUAAUGCUUGGAUUGAUGUCCCAGCUCUUGGCUCAGUGGUCUGGCGCAAACAGUAUCACUAUCUACGCGCCAACCUUUUUCGCUAUGCUGGGAACCACUGGCCAGUCAGAGAAGCUCUUUGCAACCGCCAUUUUCGGUGUUGUGAAGCUCGUUGCUUCACUUGUCUGCGCUCUGUUCCUUGUUGAUAUGCUUGGUAGAAAACGGGCCCUCACUUAUGGCAUCAUCCUCCAGUUCCUGAGCAUGCUGUACGUGGCCAUCUAUCUUGCUGUUGUCCCAGAAAUCACAGAACACUUCAAGCCAAUGGGCAAUGCCAAACGCGCCGGAACAGCUGCCAUUGUCGCCAUUUAUAUUUCUGGAGUCGGCUGGGCACUCGGAUGGAACAGCAUCCAGUACCUUAUUAACGCCGAGAUCUUCCCUCUCCGGGUCAGAGCUCUCGGAUCCUCGAUGGUUAUGUGCUUCCAUUUUGCUAAUCAAUAUGGCAACUCGAAAGCGGUUCCCUCCAUGCUUCUUGAAACUGCCAUGAAGCCUCAGGGUACUUUCUUCUUCUUCGCUGCCGUUACCUUGCUUGGCUUAGUAUGGAUGUGGUUCUUCCUCCCCGAAACCGCAGGUAAGUCCCUUGAGGCCAUGGACGAGAUGUUCAAUCUCCCUUGGUAUGUCAUCGGACGUAAAGGAGCUGCAUUGACGGCCGGUGCUGGACACGCCGAGAACUAUAUGCGGGAUGACGUCGAUAAGGUGAUUCAGCGUGAAGUAUCCCACGAAGAACAAGUUACGAGCAGCGAAAAGUAGGCAUUUACUGGCUGCCAUUCUCUCCUGGCUAGGCUUUUCUAGACGUCCUUUAUAUUAAGUAGCAAGCAAGCUAUGAUCAAUAGUACAUUUUCACGACCUAAAUCUCCUUUAACUGUUUAGUUCAUGUCAACAGGGUGACGACAGUAUAUAUCUCUCAUGAAUAAGGCUGCUGUACAGUGGUCAAAUAUCUAGUUAUUUAAUUAGAAACAACAACCUCACCCCAACCACUGUCCAGCACCAAAAGUAUCAGAUUUCCGGCUACACCAACACCAAGGCUACAGGAACAAAGAACAACCGAUGUUGAACACGGGUGAGCAAGUAUUUGCGUCCGUGUCAACAAAAUGAACCCUGCGCCAUUGACGGUUUUAACAGUAGGGUGCGAAUCCCACCAGCCAGAGAUUUAAUGGGAUCUAUGGAUACCAGAGGCAUAACAAGCAACCUUGAGUCGAGUUGACCAAGGCUUCAUAGGGAAUAAGAAGAGGCCUCAUAAUGACAGAAUCUUACUUUCUUUCAAUCAAUGCUGCUUUUCUUAUGGAUUUUGUUUUCUAAUGACCCUGUUCGCGGACGCCAUCUAAGAGCGAGCUAGCUAUUUCAAAACAACCUAUGACCUAGACCUCCAGGACAGCUUUAAGAAAGCAGGCACCAUCAACAUCACGGCGAUGGAGUCUGACCACGCUGUGUACCCGGCGUGUCUUGGGAGAAAAGACGGGGCACUAGUUGGUGAUGACCUAGGCAGCUUCCGUCCGGAAUUUUGGUGCCAGCUGAGGCUCCAUAGCUCAUUAACUGAUGCAGCUUGUGUGCAGGACACAAGUUGUUGCAAACCGACUCCAUAUAUCGAGCAAAAGUACACCCUUGGUCGAAAGUGAUAUUGUUACUCCAGCGAUAAUGGCAGACGACCGGACGUCACCAGGGGUCAAGAAUAUCCUUUAAGUUAUUGGCGGAGAGUAUAACAACUCACUUGAUUAACUAUUAUUUGAAUUAUGCCCGGAUGACACCAAGACUAUGUGGCUUGCAUGUGUUUGCAUGAGGCUCCCAGAAGCUAAAUAAUAGCUAAGUUUGUGUGCAGCCACCACAGCCGCUGAUAUUGGUAUCUUGACACAGAGCGUGACAGGAUGGCUGUACCACAAGGCAUGCCGAUUAAACGGGGGAGGACUUUUGCCUCCAUAUUUGGGGAAAUCCAUGGUACACACAGGAGGCACGAUGAAUUCGCGGGGUUGGCAUAUUGUACAGGGACUGUCGUACUCUCUGCCUGGCGUAUCGUCCAUCCUUUCUUAAUCCCUGGCUGGUUAUAACGAUACAUCCUCGACCUAUAACUAGUGAGUUAGUGGUUACAGCAUGCGGAAGGCGGCUUGAUUUGCCAAAUUCGCCGAAGCAACAGACAACCUUUGGUCUACAGCUUGAAGCUUCGCCUCUAAAUGAGAGACUUGUGCGGACCGCAUGAUGUUCUUCGAGCGCUAUUACUAGCGAACAAUCAUUUGACUGGAGAGUCCAUACGCAGUCCUGGACUCGCUAAGUAGCGAAGCCGGUGCUCUCACCAUAACCAGUCAACUUGUCUCCGGCGAGUCAAGCCGACUACGAUCACACAAGAUAGGACACACUCGAGCAUGGGAACCAAGCGUUGCUGCUUGCCGCUGGGUCGUGCGAAUGGCGUCACCAGGAUUGGGAGAGCACAGCAUAACUACGGUUGUAGCAAGCGGGUAUUUCAUAUGCCACCCUCUCAUCCCUGCACUUUUGGUCAGGUUUCCUGGCUCCUUAGCCACGGAGUAUUCACAUAGUUACUUCGUGCGGAAUGUUUAUCCUCUCCAGCUCAGAAACUCUGGUCGGUCUUUGGUAGGGGGCUGCGCCGCUGUGACUCCUCGAUUACCUGAAUUUUGAUCUUUUGGCCCCUUUUUCUAUCAGUCAAACGACAAAUGUCAGCCGAGAUAUUGUGAUACAGAUGGGUUGCACCGAAGGAGCCAGCCCGGCGUUGAAAAGAGCG